UCUAAUAAUAAUUUCGACAGUUUCAUAUAUGCAUUAUACAAUAGUAGCGAGCGAGGGAAGGCGUUGACUAUAAAGCUGGAAAAGCUGAAAGGGCCUAUUCUCAGAGAACUUCUACUUCGAUAUUCUUCAACCAUGUGUGGAAUUUGGGCAAUAUUUGGCAGUGAUGAUAAUUUGCAGGUGCAUUUUCAGAACGCGUUUAAGGUAGCACAUCGAGGCCCUGAUUCGUUUUGCUUAAAGAAUAUCAACCAUUUCACGAAUUCUUUAUUAGCCUUUCAUCAAUUGGCCAUCAUGGACGAUGUACUUGGCAUGCAACCAAUGAGAAUCAAGGAUUUUCCUCAUGUAGUGAUGAUAUAUAAUGGUGAAAUUUAUAACUUUGAAAAGGUAAGUGACCAGUAUAAUUUCAACUUUACUAGUAACUGUGAUGGUGAGGUCCUAAUCCACCUGUAUGUCUAUGGUGGCAUUGAUUUCAUGGCGAAGAUGCUGGACGGAGUGUUUGCGUUCUGCCUUCUUGACACGCAAACCAACAAGGUUUUUAUUGGGCGUGAUACUAUUGGCAUUCGUCCGAUGUUUCGUCUUUAUUAAGAAGAAGAUGGUAUACUUGCCAUAUGCUCCGAAGGAAAGGGGUUAGUAGGACUUGACGCUGCUGUAAAUGGAUUUGCAGAAGUUAAUCCUUUUCCACCAGGUCACUAUGAGGAGCAUGAUUUGUUGAAGAAUGGCAAAGCUGUGUUUGUUGAACGAAGGAGAUUUCAUUCUAUCGAGAAUAUUCCAAGAUGGGCAUUAAAAAUGUCAGUCUCUGCACAAUCAGGUGAUGUGCAUUACACUAACAUUCGACUGUUGUUAACUGAGGCUGUGAGGAAGAGGUUCAUGGCCAACCGGAGGAUAGGAUGUUUGCUGUCAGGAGGCUUGGAUUCCAGUUUGGUCACCGCACUUGCAGCUACUCUGGCGAAGGAAAAGGGAGUCGAAUAUCCUUUACAAACGUUCUCGAUUGGAAUGACGGGAAGUCCUGACAUCGCUGCUGCUCGUAAAGUAGCCACGCAUAUAGGUAGUGAACAUCAUGAGAUUUCAUUUACUGUCGAAGAAGGAUUCCAGGCAAUUGAAGACGUCAUAUAUUCCUUGGAAAUAUAUGAUGUCAUAACUAUACGCGGAUCCAUUGCGAAUUACCUUCUUACCAAGUACGUAAAGGAAAACACUGACACUGUUGUAGUUUACUCAGGAGAAGGUGCUGACGAACUUUGUCAAGGGUACAUUCAGUUUCGCAUGGCACCAAGCGCAGAAGAUGCUCAUGAAGAGAGCUACCGGUUAUUGAAUGAUCUCCAUUUCUAUGAUGUUGCAAGAUGUGACAGAGUGUCGGCUGCUCAUGGACUUGAAGUCCGUAUUCCAUUUUUAGAUCAUCAUUUAGUUUCCUAUGUAUUAUCCAUUCCACCCGAACUGCGUGUACCAAGGAAUGGAAUUGAAAAGUACAAUAUAAGGAAAGCUUUUGACGGAACCGGCCUGCUUCCUGACGAAAUCUUGUGGAGACCAAAAGAGGGUUUCAGUGAUGGUGUUUCACCUACUCACAAAUCCUGGAACACUGUUCUCAAAGAAUGUAUAGAGACGAAGGUAAAUGAUAACAUGAUGAAGGAUGCUCCCAAAUUGUACCCAAUCAACACGCCAACAACAAAGGAGGCAUUCUACUACCGGCAAAUAUUUGAACGUUUUUUCCCCAACUGCUCAUCAUGGACCCCGUACCAGUGGACACCGAAGUGGGUGAACAUUAGCGAUCCAUCUGCUCGUUCAAUGGCACACUACAAUAAUGCUGUUAUUCACCAGAGCAAACAGGCUGAUGCUUAGACUCGUGCUACCGCAUCAAUUCGAUUACAACUUCUCUCAAAACAGUCGUCAUAACAUAAUGAAGUUGCUCUAACACAACUUUCUUUCAUGUAAUCUUAUUCUUAUUACUCAAUGUGAAACAAAUAAAAAAAUGACUCUGGGUGCUUUAACGAGGUUACUAAUUAACAGCUCUCUGCUACAACCUCACAGUCAAAUGGGUUCUUAGUCCAUUUUUUAUGCGAUGCUUUAUAUCCGGCUUAAAUGUACAUAUUGUCCAGGUGUGAGUACUCAUAGGGUACCACCGUUGAUGAAGAUCAUCCUGAAGAAGUCCGGAAUCUUCUAUGGAAUUAUUCUUUUUAUAAAUUUUGAGAUCAUCCACAUACUGAACAAUGAAAUGAUUUAAAGUAGAAAUUAACAUAUAAAUUAAAAAGCAGCGGUCCCAGAAUGGAACCACCAGGAACCCCAGAGUUUACAAACAAAAAGCAACUUGGAUGAGGUAGCAUUAAUGACAGAUCGCUGCUGUUUAUUAUGAUCAUAACUAGAAAACCAAGAAAAUAGAUUACCAGAAAUUCCAAACUGUUUUAAUUUCAAAAGUAAGGAGAUCGUCCAUGGGACACAACAAAUGCGUUUGCAGAAGUCUGUGUAUUUAUGGCGUCACACUGAUUUUUUUGUUUUUUUAAAAAAUCAUCAAUUGCCUUAAUAAGAAGUAACCAUUAGACUGGCCAGAUUGGUCUCGCAAGAAACUGUUGUAUGCCUAUAUUUAGUCAUGAUGUGAUGUUAUCACGACCAAAUUUGGUAGUCUGGACUGGGCCUUAAAUUUGCAAGUGAUAAAUAUGUUUGAUUUUUUAAGUUUAAAAUCAGCUAAAUCUGAAUCGCCAUCUGUUUCAUUGAAAUUUGAUAAAUUAUAGUUUAAUCUCUAAAGGGGUUUUCGAUUGACUUUUUGAGGAUCAUUUUUAGAAUGUA